CUAUCACACACGCUAUACGUCCGUAUCGAUUCUCUCCAGUGCGCACAUAUAUACAUGAUGCGUUUCACUUGAGCUUCUCCGAGUGCGGCUACUAUCCCACUCCACGCAUUAUCGCAUGCCCCUACAUCAAGAUCGUUCUGUAGCCCGGGAACAAUGUUGCGAUUUCACUCAGAAUAAUACAACGUAUAUGAAACAUAUACAUGACCCCGCGCGCUCAUUUCCGCGCUUCUUCGCGUUCCCCGUUCCUCCAGUCCCCAGAUGUCCGUCGCUUCACCUCGUGCCUUUCUGGACGCGUUUUUCCUCUCCAUUGCCUCAAAUACACCCCUCCCACGCGACAAUGUUGAUAUUAUCAGCGAACCCACCACCACCACUUCACCACGGCCGUAUACACGCUCGCAAGCACGCCCUGUUGCACCAGUUCCUACGCUUCCGCAACCCUCGUUGCUGCCGCAGAUCAGUCUACCCUCGCAGCACAAGAAGCGCGGCCGCAAUUCCAAAAUCAACAUCUUCAUCGACACGAACGCAGAGUCCGAUACCCCCAGGCCAGCGCUAAAGAGGUCAAAGACAAGCUCCCGUACUCCUCUUUCCGUCAAGACCGACACGGCAAAUAGCACGCCUAUGCCUUCACCCCGUGCGCCAGAUACUCCGUUCCCGUUCUCGUCCACCGAUCCGUGCUGGGACAAUAUCGAAAACUAUGACGCCAGGCCCUUCAUGACGCCUCCGCCUACUCCAGUCGAUCUUUCGCCCGCGCAGUCCCCGCUCCUGCAUUUGACGUUCCUCAAUACACCUCGGACAGUUCGCCCUCGUCGUGUCGCGGCAACUGCCGUCCUCAUCCCCCCCAAAAGCAUGGCGUUGUAUAACCUGUUGAAAUUGGACGACUGGAAAGCCAGCGCAGAGGAGGUCAGAGUAGCGUGGAGGAAGGAGGCGCUCGCGAGCCAUCCGGAUAGGGUUACCGAAGAAGACAGGGGAUAUGCUACGCUGAAGAUGCAGCAGCUGAACGCCGCGAAGGACCUGUUGUCAGAUAAUAAGCGUCGUCGUCGGUACCAUGUGGAUGGCAAGCUGCCGUGGGUUGUUUGAGCAUGAGUGUCAGCAGAGCGUUUCCUGCUGUUGUGGUACUCUGUGACCAGUUUGGCGUUGUUGCUUGGAACUGAAGGUCAGCCGGUGGGUUGAAAGAACUUCUUAAUUGAAGUCUACUAUCCGGUCGUUGAAAGUUGUCGAAGCUGAGGUCUACUAGCUGGCCGUUGGGUUGAAAGUCUUCUUCACUGAAGCCUACC